AUUGCUUUACACUAGCUCGUAAAAAGUUAUUGAAUGCUGGACACACUCUAGUUCCUUGAAGUCUAUUUCCGUUCUUCAGAAUGCGAUCUUUCUAUUCUGUUGGUUUGAACAUGACUUUCGGUAGCCGAAACCUGUUUCUCACAGGAGCUGUCCCUGUUUUGCCUUCUUGCAUCAUCAAGUCAAGUUUGCUACGCGCUCUGUUUGAAAUUCCGAGUAGCAGUGCUAGUCUUCUUGUCACGUGUUGAAGCCUUUUUCAUUUGAAUGCUUUAAGAUAUGGGGACUAAAAAUGUAGUAGUUUUGUCAAUAUGUGAUAAGAAGCAAGAAAAGGCUCUGAUUGUACAACUGCGGGGAAGCUUAUCAUACGACAACCUUUUCCAAAUUGUUCGAAAACACUUAAAACUAACUUCUCAAUGUUUUGACCUUGAGUAUCUUCAGAAAAACAUAGGUCCUUGCACUCUCUCAAAGUUCGGGAAGUUAGAGAACAACUUUGAAGUUGACAAACAGUCCGAACUCGAUGACGGUGCCUCUCUUCCCCCUCCUAUAGUGACUUCUCUGCUACAUGAGAUGCUCGAUCAAAUCCCUCUUCGAAAUCGCCUGGAGGUCAAAAUUUUGCCAAGUUCUGAUGACGAAUCUCAACAGCCUACAAGUACGUCAAAUAGUGAUGAUGGUUCGGUUAUUGGCUUAAGUUGUAUGGAAAAUGGGGAAUCAGAACCUUAUUCAAUGCAACCACUCAAUACAUGCACUGCCAUCGUGCUAUCGGAUCCUUCGUCACGCGAAGGAUAUACUUCAGUCAACUCAACUUUAAGUGAAAACACGACUGAUCAUCCGGUUGCACAGACUUUUGUUGGACUUGUCAAUUCUGGUAUGACGUGUUAUAUGAAUAGCUUGUUGCAGACAUUAUUCAUGACUCCAGAGUUUCGUAAUGCACUAUACCACUGGCAUUUUGAAGGUACUUCAACAGAGGCUGUUACCAGUAUUCCGUAUCAACUUCAACGUUUAUUUGUUCAAUUGCAGACUACAAAGAGUACAGCAAUUAGUACAAAUGGUGUAACCACCUCAUUUGGAUGGCGUUCAUGUGAUAUUAUACAACAACAAGAUAUUCAUGAGUUAUGCAGAAUACUAUUUGAUGCUUUAGAAAAGAAAUUGGGAUAUUCAAAGUCCUCGAAAGAUAAAAAUCAUACUGGCAAUAGUUGUCUUGGUGCUAAUGAUGGUGAUCACAAGGAAAAUGAUGCUGAAGAAGCAGAAGAAGAAGACGAGAAAAAUGAUGACAAAAAGAAAACUUCAUCAUCAACAUUCAAUUUAAUUAAUCGACUUUAUCAGGGACAACGAUCCGAUUAUGUCCGUUGCUUGUAUUGUAAUCGUGUUAGUUGGCGACCUGAUACAUUCUUGGAUAUUCAAGUCCCUCUGAGGUCAUUUGAAUUAAAUGCCAAACCAUAUGAAAGUUUGGAAGCCGCUUUUAGAGCACUGAUUAAACCGGAACGCUUAGAAGGCAGUAAUCAAUAUUGGUGUUCAUAUUGUGAGUGUAAACGAGACGCUGAACGUGGAUGUGCUUUUCAUAAAAUGCCCUAUUUAUUAACGUUACAACUAAUGCGUUUCACAUUUGAUCCAAUCACAUUGAAUCGUAUAAAGUUAAAUGAUAAGUUUACUUUUCCAUUGGAUCGUCUUGAUCUAUCUGAAUUUGUUACACCGAGCGAAAGCAAUGAAUCAUCUGGUUGUAAUGGUGAUACAGAAGAAAAUGGAAAGACUUCCGAGAAUGAUGACACUCGAGCUCACAGUGAAGAUGGAUUAAUGUGUUCACAUAGUUCGAUAAAAACUGAUACACAAGAAAAUCCUCAAAAUAACUGUAUAUCUACUGCUACCAAUGACAAUAUUGCUUCUUUGGAUAAUUGUUCUGAAAGUAUGGAAACGGAGGCUACUGAUAGUGGUGUAAAUAGUAAUACAGAUAGUCCAUUUGACGGUGUAUCUUCGGGUAGUCCUACAGUUGGUUCACCAAAUGUUGAAGAAGAAAUUGAUGAACUGUCCGAUUUUGGUGUUAAUCCAACACAUACAGUAACUAAUAGUUCUGUUUUAAUGAAAGCUGUAUUAAGUGUACAAAAGAAUAUGAAUGAGACAACAGGGAAUAUUAAUAUGAACAGUAAUGAUAACAAUAAUAAUAAUCAUACUAAUGAAACAUUUAAACACGCAGUCUACUCUUCUAAUGAAUUGGAUGAUGGUAUAGCCUCUGAAUGCACAUGUCCUUCAUGUUCACAUUCAUCAACUACUCAUCAAAUUCAAUUAACAAAUGAAUGUCAUAGUCGAAAACAACGUCGUCAUCGAAGUCUUAGUCCUCAACACUGUUCACCUCAAAAGUUCAAUCCUUCUAAAAUUGUAAAUGGUAAUAAUCAUCAUAAUGAUGAUGAUGGUGAUAAUAAACCUCAAUCGAAACUUGAAACGAAAUCUCAUUCAUCAAACUCAUUAAUCUAUGAAUUAUUUUCAAUUAUGGUCCAUUCAGGUUCAAUUAAUGGUGGACAUUAUUAUGCAUUUAUAAAAUCUUUUACGGAUGGUCGAUGGUAUAAAUUCAAUGAUCAGCAUGUUAUUCCAACAAAUCUAGAGGCACUGGAAGCCACCUUUGGUACUACUCAAUCAACGUAUCUUAGUCAUUCAAAUGCUUAUUUUCUGAUGUAUCGACGUGUUGAUCCAGAGUUGAAUGAAACAUUUCUAAACUCAGAGGAUUUUCCAGAGCAUAUUAAACAAAUGAUACAAGAACUACAUGAAGAGGAAAAAGACGCCGCUGAAAAAAAGGAAAGAGAGUUAAUGAUGUGUAAUUUUGAAGCCUACACACGAUGUCCAACGGAACAGGCGAUCAUUCAUGCAGACGUAACGCUUUAUAAGAAUCAGUCAUUAUCAGAGGCAACAGAUAUUAUCCGAAGAAUAUUGUUACCAAGAUUGAACAAUGAACCCACUACAGCAUUUCGCAUUGUUCAGUAUCAUGGUUCAGAUGAAACAUUGGGCAAAUCGGCUGAAUAUGUAUUGCACACGCGAUCUCGAUCACUUUCAUAUAAUAAUGGUUUUCAGUUUUAUAAUGAAGAAUUCCGAGAUUCAGACUCAUCAACAUCAUCUAUGAACACAGUUACUGUUGGUGAAUUCUCAGAUAAUAAGCGUUUCUAUCCUUUUUGCCUAUGGCUUGAACACCGUAUAAAUGUUCCUGGAUCAAUUAGACAUUUUUUCCCAUGUACAUCUCAAGAAAUUUCUCAUCAAUGGCGAACUUAUGAACCUGGAGGCAUUACUUUCAAAGUAAAUCGCGUUGAUUUGUCCUCUGAUUUAAUUUAUCCAUCCGAAAAAAUUUGGAUGUCAUUCUCUGGCACUAUAAAGGAGUUAAUUUCAGAAGUUUGGCAGCUAUACACAGGGAAAAUUCUAAGCGAUGAUGAUCUUAAAACUGGACCAGCUGAUGGUUUAAAACUUAUUUUGGAUCAAUCAUCUUGUCAUUGGCAGAUAGAGCCAUUAUCUUUACUUUCUCAGCAAAAUGAAGUAUAUGGUUUACCUCAAUGGGCUGUAGUUCUGUACUCUGGAGAUCAUUCCUUCCCGUGGAAUACAAUAAUUGAUUAUAGUUUUGAUUCAGUUAUAAACUUUUCAAACCACUUCAAUGGUAUCUAUGGCAAAUCUUUUACCAGUAUCACCGGUGGCUCAGUUAAUUUGUAUGUGGAUUUAGGCCGUUUAUAUGAUGGAUACUGUGAUGAAUCACAUGAUUGUUCAGAAUCGAAUGUUUUAAACACUUCAAAUUCAUCUACUCUUAUCUCGAAUUCGAACAAUUCAACAGAAAUAUCUCAUAAUGGGCGUGAUGUUGGCGGUAAACGAGGUAGAUGGCAAUUAUCGAAUAACGUGUUUGUCACAGAAAAUGUUACUAUUCCCUCGGAUAAAGAUAUAAAUUGGCGAUUGCGUAAAAUAUGUUCACUGACUGAAAAACGUCUUUAUUACAUGAUAUUCCCUCUUAUAAUUCCCAGUCAAACAGAAAUUGCAUCAUUUCUUGUUCAACGAGAACUUUUGAUAAAAGGUUCACUGGGUGAUGAUAGUACACAGUUUCUCGAUUCAAGUAUGUCGACUCCACAAAGUCUGUAUAAUGUCACUGUACCGAAUAGUAAUAAACAUGAGGCUAUCGGUUCUCCUCCGAUUUCUUCAAUGAAGUCAUCCGGAUCAUUAGAUAAUGGUAUUUCAUCAAAAAAUCAAUUUGAUGGCAGUGUAAACAGUAUGAGCCCACCUGAUUCCCGUUGUUCAAUCAAUGCACAAUAUGGUAGUUUACCUAGUGAAAAAUCAGUUUCAUCAUCAUCAUCAUGUUCUUCAUCAUUUAAUAAAGUAUCAGCUGAAAAUUUAAAUAUAUUAAGACGUAGUAAUUCACAACCGAGUUUAAGUCCAUUCACUGAACCUUUAUCUUCUGCAUGUAUUUCUUCACCAAUAUUACAAUCAAAAAGUAUUAAAUUGAACGCAAGUUUAGUAGCUAUGGAUGUGGAUAAUAUAUCUGAGCAUCAUCCUUCAUUAUCAUAUCUUCAAUCGAAUGAUAUUCCUAUGGAAAGUAAUACUACAUUUAAUGAAUUGAAUACUAGUCAACGGUUAUGUCAAUUUGAGGAAUUUUGUAAACCUGAUUCCAGAGUAUCAGCUAAGUUAUCAUCACCUAUAUGGCAGAUAAUUCAAUUGAAUAUAGAUACACGUUUAACUGUUGAAGAGUUCAAAGAAAAAGCUGGUGAAUACUUGAAUUUGGAUGCCGAAUUCCUAAAUGUCUCAGUGGAACCCGAUGGUGGAUAUAUUUCAAAGGAUUUCACUACUCUAAGUUCAACUGAUUCACUUCGAAUUUCCUUAUCGCCUUGUAUUAGCCUGGAAGAAGUUUACUUAUCCUUUUAUGUACUUGAUCUCGAAGGAGAGCCUAAAGAAGAAGAUGGAGAAAAGCAACAACAAACAAUGGACACUGCUACAUAUGAAUUAAAUCAUACUAAUCUAAAGCGGUCAUCACCUAUAUGGUCACAUCAAAUUAAUUUAUUAUAUCGUUUGGGUUGGUCUGUCGAACAGUUAUUGAAAUGUGCUUCAUCAGUUUUCAAACGUAUUCAUAACUUGAAUAUACCUCUAUCUCAACUACGGUUGCGUAAAUGUGGCCUACCCGAUCUCACACCUGGUCCAAUCUUCAGCGAAACUGAUGUUUUGACAACAUUCACUAAUCAACAUCAAGGCUUAAUGCUCCAGUUGAUUAGUGAAAAGCAUACGCAUAAUAUUGUCUCUACUGCUAUCGAUAAUUACUCAGACACUUCUAAUCCGAUAAGUUACAAUAAUAAACCGCGUACCUGUUCUCUAUUCCUGCGUCAAUGGCAUCCAUCUAGUUAUUCAUUUGAUGCUUGGCAUGAAUUGAUAUUAACCUAUCAUCCGGUUACAAGUACACGCUGGGAUAUGUUAGUGAAAUGGCUUGUUCAGCAUACUGGAUUGAGUUCAGAUCGUUUAGAAGUGGCUCAGUAUAAAUUCCCUGGUGCUAUUCAUUCUUUAAACAUUUGUCCCCUAAUAACCGUUUACAAUGGCUAUCCUGUUCCCAGUACCCAGAUACUUUAUUAUCAUUCACCAGUGGAAACAUGGUAUUUUUCAGAGAUACUAAAGAAGAAUCAAAAACCCUUGAGUCUAGUGAACUUCAAAAGAUGAAUCAAAGUGAAAUAUCUCGUUUGGAAGCCAUGACAUCACCUUGGCGUUCUCAAGGUAUUCCAGUACCUCAAUCAGUUUGGGAUGGUGAAUAUGCAACUUGGUCUGAGGAUCCUGUAACUUUUUCAUGUGAACCAAGUUCAUCAAGUGGUGGUGGUUGUGGUUGUGAAAUGUACAAAAGUAAUUCUCAAUUCUGUGGACCUUAUUUACCUCAAUCUCAUGAACCGAGUACUGCUUAUUCAUUUUCAACUAGCAGUAGAAUUCGUGAGCAACCAUUACGAAUAUAUACAGCAGAAGAUGUACCAUCGUCUAGCUCUACUAUUCAUACAGCAAAAAGGGAUAAACAUCCUUCAACUGGACCUUCAUCUCCUAAAUUCACCAGAACACGAGAUUCUAGAACUCCAUAGUAUUAUCAUCAGAUACAUAUACACACAUUAGCCAUUUGUGUGUUUUUAUGCUUGCAUUGCCUAUAAUACUGUCUGUUGUGUAUUCCAACAUUGUGUUCAUUCUUUUCAUGUAGGUGAAAUAAUGAAGUUUUGUUUUGAAAAUAACUUAAUCUCAUUAUUAUUUCACAAUAAAAUAAAGAGUACAAAUUAUACAUACACACACACAUAUAUAUACACAUACAAUAUUAUUUACACUUUUUGAUUUCAUAUGCGCAUGCCUUCUUCAAUCUCAUUUGACACUCCUUCAAAAAAAGAAAGGACAAAACAUUUAAUGACAUCAUUCUAAACGAUAUAUUCAGACAAGAUGAGAUUUCUUUCCUCAUUCAUUGAACUGCUUUCACACUAAUAUAUGCAUACAUUAACACUGAAUCUCGUUAUGCUUUGUUCGAUUAUCUACCUAUCUGUACAGAAAUAAAUAAGACACAUUUUUGUGUUUCUAUCUUACAGUCUGUCUCCCUUUCUCCUCAUUCUAACUGACAUACAUACAUACACAAUAUUUCCCUGUUUUCCGGUUGAUUGAUUCUAUUAAAACAAAAGUGAGACAACAUUUAUAUAUUUUUGUGUUAUUAUAUUUCAUUUAUUCUUCAUCUUUUCCUAAUGUUUCUUUCUGUGUGUAAUCUUCUGAAAAUAAACGAUGCUGAAAUAUAACCGUUUUCAGUGACUAUAUUGUCGAUAUGUUUUAAGUACACAGUUCUCUUUUGAUUCAACUGUUUUCAACUUCUUGUUCUCCUCAUGUUUCCUUCUUUCUCUUGUUGUUACUACUGUUGGAUGAAUGAAUGAAUAAAUAACCUCUGAUUAUUUAAUUAACGUGUCCGUGCUGCUUUUUAUUGCAAUUAUUGUUGUUUCUGUUGGUUUCUACUGUUUUAAGUUGUGUCCAUUUGAUAUGUGUGCCAGUGAGUAGUACUGCUACUUGAAAUCAAUAAAAUCCCCACAAACUUCCGAAUUGAAUUACUGUCCACUGCUCAUUAGUGACUAGCUUCGAGAUCAGAUCUCCCGUAAAGUUGUGACUGGUAGGGGGAGAAUCAAGAGAGUACAGGUACUCAACAACGGCAAACGCACCGAAGGGGAGAAAUGUGCUCACCGUGUAACCUGAAGGUCCCUGACGUGGCGAGGUUAUGGGUGCGCACUACUGAGAGGAAACGGUUGUCUAAUGCUCCCGAGUUUCCAACUGAUGUCAGCCCGUGAUGAAUACCAACAUAUUGCAGAUAGCUUGAAACAACGGUUCGAUAGAGAAAUAAUAA